CUUCGGAAACUGUCCCGUCCCCAUCCCCUGUGAGCUAAUGAUUGAAUGACAGAAUCUGUCCAACAGCCAAAGGGUUUGUCUUGCCUAAUGUAGGUAUGUUGUGGGUGGAUUUGCACAGUGUUGGACUCAGUUGGACUCAGCCCUCAAAUCCACAAGGGAACUUAUUUCCUCUGCUUUGUGGGAAUUCUAAACAAAGAUACAAAACACAGUGAAUUAUGUGGAAAUACUUUGAUUCCAUGUUAUGGCUGAUGCUCCACCUCUCUUACCAAGGGAACACUUCCGACAUAAAUUGUCCUCCCAGAUGCCAGUGUUUCACGCCGACUAAGGUGAUGUGUUCUGAGGAGAGCAUGAGAAGCAUGCCCAUGAACAUCUCCACACAGGUGAAGGAGUUGGUCAUUAUGACGACGGGAAUGACGCACCUGGGCUCGAUCACGAUGCAGUACAGCCGCCAUCUCACCAAGCUGGUCUUCUUCAACAAUUUGCUGCAGGAUGUCUCCACCAUGGCCUUUGAUCACUUGACCGGGCUCGAGGAGCUGGAGAUCAGCGGCAACUCUUGGCUGGAUUGUUUGAACCCAGGUACUUUCAGCAAACAGAGAAACCUCACCAAGCUUUUGCUCAACUUCAACAGGUUCAAGUCACUGAAUGACGGCCUCUUCAGUUCACUUCAGAAGCUGAGGACUCUUCAGCUGAAGGGCAACAUCAUCUCCCACCUGCCCAGGCAGCUCUUCCAGAACCUGAGUAUUCACGCUCUUGACCUGUCCCUGAACAUGCUCACAGGGGUGGAUAAUGAGCUCCUCAGCGGCUUGUCCCAGCUGGAGUCCCUCAAACUGGGCUACAAUAUGAUCAAUGUCCUCUUGCCCGACACUUUCCACAACAUCUCCCACGUGAAAGAGCUUUGCCUGCAGGGAAACCAGAUAUCUUACCUCCCUCAGGGUGUCUUUUCACAUUUACAGAAACUAGAGGAGCUGAACCUUCGCAGCAACUUGAUCACAAAUGUGAGCUCUGGAACCUUUCCCGUUGGCUUGAGAGAGCUGGAUCUCAAAGGCAACAGGCUGGUUCAGCUUUCGUCUGACUCAUUCGGCCGUCUAACCAGUCUCACACACCUGUUUCUGUCAAUGAACCAGCUCACUAACCUUCCAGAGGAUGUCUUUCGGAACCUGACGGGCCUGCAAAACCUGGACCUCUCGGAGAACCAGCUCACAUCGCUGCCGGGAACUAUCUUCCAAGAUCUCACAAAGAUUGAAAUCAUCCACCUGCAGAAUAACAACCUGAGCUCUCUGGAGGCCAUGCUGUUUGAGGACCAGGCCUUCUUGGAGCAGCUGAACCUCUCAGAGAACAACCUCCAGACCCUUCCUCAGGGCUUCUUUGACACGUUCUUACACGAGAACGUGAUGAGACUGCGCAGGAACCCCUGGAGCUGCGACUGCCACAUGCUAUAUCUGUAUGACUAUGUGUCGGAGCACGGUCACUUGGUGGAGGACCUGAGUAAUGUGUAUUGUAAAGGCCCUGAGCCUUUGAGAGGACAUAGUCUGGUCUCCUUAGAGAGGGACCAGCUGGUGUGUCCAGGUAAUUUCUCUUCUAGAGCCAAAGCUACCCCCUUCCAAGGCUUGGAAGAGAGACCACACCCUAGCAAGUGUACUGUCCAGUUCAUCAACGACAACAUGACUAUCGAGUGCAAAGUGACUAAAUGUUCCCCAUUGAGACUUAUGGUGCAUUUCAAAGAAGGGGACGGCACCACAUCUGAGUACAUUAUGAAAAAGGACUGGGCAGAAUCUUCACAGUGUAGCAAUGGGACUAUAACUCUCACUGUGUGAAUGGUGUUCAUCAGCACAUGGGCUGAAGCUUUGCAAUAACUUCUCUAUGCAGAUUGGAUUUUCUUUAUCCAUCUAUGUAUAUCAUAGAGUUUUAUCAAACACACAAUAUUUUAUAUACCAACAUACUGUAUAUGAGAUGAGAGUGAAUUUCACCUGAAUUUAAUUUAAUUUCGAAGGUAUUGGCUUUGAAUAUUUUAUAAUAUGAUGUCUUGCAGACACAAGCAGUAUUGGUAUGCUCUUAAAUCUCUCCUACUGCCAAUGUCAAUAUUGUACAGACUUAACUCAACUCAAAACUGAUAACCAGGCUGACGGUGUUUCCCACUCAUAGCUGAGAGAUAAGAGAGGUGGAUGAACUAUCCCUUGCGAGGUUCAAAGUUCAUCUCUAAUGUUCUAGAGACUAUGUAAUGAACAUAGUACCAUCCACACAAUCAUAUACUAACAGAUAUAUCUACUGCAAUGCAUGCUCUUGCCAGCAGAUGACUCUAUUCCUCCAUUGACUUCACUGGCCAUGUUCCUUAAGUUGACUCUUGCUUUCGGCACCUCUGUCACUUGUAGAUUCUCAAACAUCAACACACAUGUUUAGAUGUAGUAGAUGGUAACUCUUUUGACAUGCAACAACAAAUUCACAUAUAGCUUUCAACCACCCCAGUAAUGAACUUUGUUGUGUUGUGUUGUUGAUCAGUCUUAAUUGAUGUCAGAAGGUGAAUUCACCAAUUUGUAAGUCGCUCUGGAUAAGAGCGUCUGCUAAAUGGCUUAAAUGUAAAUGUUAAUUCAUUAAACUGACAAUCUGUCUAUGGCUAAUUGAA